AUGCAACCUCUUUCCAGCCUAGCCUGGACGAUGCAUUUUGCUGUCUGCCGGUCCGAGUGGCUCUGUCCACUUAUCUAUCGGCACCUGGACGGCCCGGCCUUGCCCACCUGUCUACGCCAGCCCAGCUGCCUCGCUCCACCAGCGGUGUCCGAGGCCAGGCGCAGGUGGACAGUCUGCCUUGGGAACAGGCCGAAAUGGGCAAAAGCUUUCGAGCCAACCUGUAGACCCGCUGUCUGCAGGUUGCGGAUCGGACAGGCGACCAGGCCAACGGUUGGUUGUAUUUGUCAGUUUAUUCCGGACAGGACGACAGAAGCGUGGAGCGGGAUCAUGAAACGAAUCAGAAAGCGUCUAGCAUCAGAAGAGAAUUGUUUCUAA